CAUUUCGAUAAUAUUAUAAAUUAUUUAUCUCUGUGUGUAUACCGUGUGUGCGUUUUUGUGUGUAUGUUGUUAACUCAUUGGUAUUAAUAAUUAUUGUAACAGUGUUAUAAAAUGGCGUUUUUUCCUCUCUGUCGGCGUUCAUGACAAAUGUCGCUGGAAAACUUAAAUCUGAAACGUUGCAGGUAUUGUUACGGAAUUCCGUCUGCGGUCUGUAGUUUUUGCGUGACGUUCUCCAUCGUUUUCGACCCGGUGCCUAAAAUAAUGCCGAACGUCUAAUGCAUUAUAUCUCAACAACGAGUAUCGGGCCAGUAAAAGAAAAACAAACUGAAUAAUACCAAAAGUAAAAACUAUAAAUUAUUAGUGAGUGGACGAUAUCCGUCGUUCUUAUCUAUGAACACUGCGCGUUUCGUGUUGUUGAUUUUAACCGUGUGUCGGCGUGUGUGUGCGUAGGAGUGGUGUGCCGCGCGCUUUAUUUAUUGUUGUUGUUUUUUUUUUUGCUUUACCAGAUUAUAGCACCUGCAUCCGAGUGUCAACUUUUGACGUUCUUCAACUUCGUUUAUCUACUAGUCGCAACUUUAGAGGGUACCUACGUGCUAUGGAAGAAAUCGAAGCAAACGUUUUACCUUGUAGUUCCCGCGAAAAGGAAGUUGUCUUGUUGGACAAGCCGAACAAUGCAAAAGAUUCAGCCGACGUGCAUAAAAUGGCCAUUGAGGAUUCGACAGACGUGCAUAAAAUGGUUGUCGAGGAUUCUUCAGAUGUAGACAAAAUGGACGUCGAGGAAUCAGCAGACAUGCAUGAAAUGGUCGAAGAUGAUUCAGCGCAUGAAAUGAUCAUCGAGGAUUCGGCAGAAGUGCACGAAGAGAUGGCGGGAGAUUCAGCUGUAUUAAACGAAGUGGUUGCGGAAAGUUCGACCGAAGUAAAUGAAGUGGUCAUGGAGGGUUUGGCUGAAGUAAACGAAAUGGUCACAGAGGGUUCAGCCGAAGUAAAUGAAGUUAUCGUAGAUGAUUCGACUGAAGUGCAUGAAGUGGUCAUGGAAGAUUCAGCUGAAGUGCUGCACGAACUGGUCGUGGACAAUAUCAAAGAGGUAUCUGGAAAUGAGUGCAUGAAUAAUAUUGGUGUUUUGGAAACGUCUGAUAAGGUUUCGUCACAGGUCAAUCAAGUCGUCAUUACUAAUGUCACAGUGAAACCAGAAAUGACUUAUAAUCUUGAAAAUCGUGUUGAAAAUACAUUAUGUGAUAAUGAUGGUGUUUUGAAUGACAGUAACAACUCUCAAUCAUCUGAUUUGGAUACUAAGUAUAUUGAUAUAAUGGAAGUGACUGAAGAAAUUGAUAAAGGAGAAUGUUCAGAAGAAUGUGUAUACAUAGACAACGAGCAGGAAAUUGAAUUUGAAGUUGUCGAGCAUGUGAAUAAAAGUAAUGAAAUUGAAGAUAUUGAUAGUAAUACUAACAUUAACAAUAUUAAUGAAUCAGUUGACAGAUCUGAAGAAUCAACAAAUAAUAGUGAUAAAGCUAAAGAAAAGGUUGGUUCAAUGACUGAAACUAAAAACCCAGAUGGUUCAAUAGUUUUAAAAAGAGAUAAAAUGACUGUUACAAUUCCUCAACAUAUUGCCGGACGUGACAUUUCAUCUUUGACCGAAGAAACACUUCCUCGUUCUGGAAAACGAAUGUUAAAGCCUAGGUUUGGCGUUAAAGUACCUUAUAUUCACAUGACUAGCCAGAUAGUCACUCAAGAUGAAAUUGCCAAAGAAUUAUUUGAACGGUUUCAACAGAAAUAUCCAAUAACUCGUGUUAAUGUUGUUGAUUCACAAGAAAAAGUUUAUGCAAUGAAAUUGUCUCACCAAAUAGCUAAGACAUUUUCACCUAAAUCUCUGCCUAAUUCUUCUGAUAAAAACUCUGAAAAAAAGAUAAAAACCAAUAAAGAAUUUAAAAAAAAAUCUGAGAAAAUUAAUAAUACUAAUAAAUCCAGAAAUAAAUCAUUGAAGACUACAUCUGUAGAAAAUAGUCCAAUCCAAAUUCAAAAUCUCGACAUUGAGUUUGCCAAUGAUAUAGAAAUUAAUGAUUCACAACACAUUGAUCAAAUAACCAAUACACUACAAAGUUUAGGUCAGUCUGCUGAUCAGCAUAUCAAGUCUGAAGAUAAGAAUGAUGAAAAAAUAUCUUCCAAUGAAGAAUUAAUUGCUAUUCUUGAAGAUUUUGAGAAUAUUGAAACUCUAGAACCAAAUAUUAACAAUGUUCCUGAAGUAAUCCCAAUUCCAAAACCAGUUGUGAAAAAGAAAAUGGUUCGAAGCACUACUAGAACAAAAAGGUCUAAACCAAAAAUGGAUCCAGAAAUAGAAAAACAAAUAGCUUUAAAACAGCUUCAAGAAGUAUCAAGACCCACACGGUUUGAUUCUCAUUAUAUUAAAAGAAAAGCAGAAAAUGAAAAAAAAUUAUCAAUGAAAAAUGAUCUCGGUUCUGUUCAAAAACGUAAGAAACCAACACCUGCUGAUGUACCUGAAGUUAAAAUAGCAAUUGAUCAUUUUAUUAAAUCAUAUACUGACAAACGUCAAUCUACUGUUGUUAAAUUGGAAGAUACCUCUAAUGAUGAAACUGUUGCUGAUAAUCUUGAAGUGGUACCACCUAAAUCUGAGAUUAAAACUAAUAGUCUUGCCAAAGCAAGAACUAUGAGAGAAAUAAAUCGCCUUUUAGGUGACGAGGGUGCAAUAAAUAUGAUUUAUUCCCUCGAAAAAAGACGAACACCAGGUAAUAAUAAUGAUAAAAAUGUUCUUCCAUCAACUCGACGCAAGAAAAAAGAUUUGAUGUUAAAAACUAAAUUAGUAAAGAAUGCUAUGCUUAAGAUGAGUUCUCCAACAGCUUCAUCUAUAACUAUUAACCGCCUUGGUAGACGAUCUGAUGUGUGCACUCCAACUAUUUCACCUGAGAAUCAGAACAUUUGUACGCGGAAAACUUCUAUAGACUCUCAAGAUUCUGACCAAUCUAUGAAAUGUCUGCAAAAUUUUCCUGGUAGAAACACCAUCCCUGCUGACGAAUCUAAAAUUAUAAGAAAACAUUCAACUAGUAGCGAAGCCUCUAGUGUUGGCGAAAGUAGUCCAAUACUUCCAGUUCCUGAUACUGAAUCUAUUAAUAACUUAAAUAAAAAAAUCACACCAGUAAAAACUUUAAGAGUAUACACUAGGAAAAAUAAAAAUUCUGGUGAUCUUAUAUUGAAUUCAAGUGAUCAAUCAUUUGAUGGAGUGAGUAAAGAAACAAAUAAAAGUUGUGUUAAACCCAAGAAUCUUGCCAGUCAAAAAAUUAAAAAACAAUCGGUACAAGGAUCAAAAUUAUCAAGUUAGUAAAAUGCUAUUAUAAAAAUAAUAGUUUCAAAAAUCUAAAUUAAAUCAAUGCAUUUUAUGUUAUUUUUUUUUAAUAGAAUCAUUAGCAGAAAGUGUUAAACAAGAAGUUGAAAAUAUUGUGUAUAAUGAAAUCACCAUAAGACAAUAUGAUGGAGUAGUGCAUAUUACAUUAACACCAGUAUCUACUUUCAUGAAAAAUGCUUUAAAUAUAUCUGUAAAUUAUAUUCAUUGAUUGUAGUUUUUAUUUUAAACUGAGACUUCAAAUAACUGUUAAAUUUGUUUUAGGUAAUGAAAGAACUGAUGAAAGAAUUACAUAAUUUAGAAACCGAUGAUACUUGUAAGGUAGUUUUAGUGUCUUCAGCUGGCAGAAUAUUUUGUCAAGGAUUAGAUAUAGCACCGCUGAUAAACGAUAAUCCAGAGAAAUGUAAAGAAGCUGCUGUUGAAAUUUCAUCAACUCUCAAGUAAUUUUAAUGUAUAUUUUUACAGUAUUCUCCUUGAAGCUAUAGAAGAUAUUGCCUAUACUUUGUUUUAUAUAAAUAAAUUUGUAUAUGAAUUUAAAAAUUUAGUUGGAUAUAAUAUGAUUUAUUUACACUGUCAUGUUCAUUUCUGACAUACAAAAUAACCCACUUUUGAAUAAUAGACAUUUUUUUAUUUAAUUAAAUAGUUAAACAGAAAAUUCACAUUUAACAACCUCUUAAGUAGAAUUAAUACUAAACAUGGUGAGGUCAAACUAUAUUUAUUUUCUCAUUAAUCAUUUAAUUUUUUUUAAAAUUGUAUAGUGUAGCAAUCCCCCUUCUCUUUCCCUUACCAUUAAUUACGGGUUUUCCAUAUAGGUGGUGUUGAAAAAUCAUUUGCUUUUCAAGGGGCAGUAAUUUUAAUAAGUUUAAGAAAUAUUAUUAUAGAUAACUAGAUUAAUCUAGAUUAAACUAGAUUAAUACAGCUGGCCAUUGACAACCUUAAACACAUUUUUUCUAUUAGUAAAUAUGACUAAAUAUUUGUAUUUCAUUGUUAUCAUAUAAGUAAAUUUACUAUUUAUCAACAAAUAAUAAAUAUACAAUGCAAUUGUUAUUAUUACAAAAUAUAUAAUGAAUUAUAAAUAACUUAAAUUAUAUUAAAUUCAAAUUGUGUUGAUUUCCAAAGUUUUAUGUUUAAAUUAUUUUAUCUAUAUGAUACAAUUAUAAAAUAUAACUUCUAUAAUAUACAUAUAUAUAUUUUGUUUUCCAUAGGAAUUUUAUUACAUGCCUAAGUAAUUUUCCUAAAUUACUUGUGGCUGGUGUAGAUGGAGCAGCUGUUGGUCUUGGUGCUACUAUGCUUGUUCAUUUUGAUUUGGUUUUUGCCAGUGAUAAAGCAACAUUUGAAACACCAUAUGUGCAACUCGGGCAUAUUGCCGAAGGUGCUGCUACAACUAUUUUGGGUAGACUUUUAGUUGCAGAGAUGAUUAUGGGGAGUCAGAGGUUAACCGCUGGACAAGCUCAUUAUUAUGGCUUGGUAACAAGAACACUUUGGCCUGAUCGAUUCCAUGACGAACUAAUACCAUUGGUUAAAGCAUUAGCUAGGCAAUCGUUACAGGUUGGUUUGGUGUAUUUUUUUUAAUUAUAUUUAUUUGUGUAUUAAUUAAUAUAUAUAUCCUACUACUAUAUUGUAAGUAUACAAAUUGUACAUAAAUUCUGAUUUAUUUAUUCUUACAUAUACUGGUUAGUAGUUUUUAUAAGUAUUUGAAUUGUUUGAAUGUUGUACUUCAUUAAAUAGAAAGUUUGUUGGUGUGCAUUCUGCUCUGUAUGAUGUUCCGUAAAAAAGCAUUUCAUAUGCAUUGCCCUCUUGUUUAUUUUUAUGUAAGCAUAAGUGACCAUGUGGACAAGUACAUUUUGUGUAUGUUGAGUAAUAGUCAGUUCUUAUAUGCCCACAAAAUUCGCCUGUGUUACAAUCCUCCAACUAAAAUUAUUAAAAAAAAUAAGUUUAAAAGUUUACAAUAAGCAUGAGAUAUUAAUUUACCUUUUUACAUUUGAAUGAAUCUUUGAUAUAACUGUUGUCUGCAAUUUCACCAUGUUUGUAUUUUUGUUGGUGUUCUGUUAAUAACCAAGUUGUAUGAUAUGGGCAAUUGCAAUGAACUUUAGCUUUAACAUGAACAGUGUUGUCUUCUUUAUUUGUUAAAAUUGUUAUAGAUUCACCAGAUGUCUUUGUACAAUCAGGAAGAUUGUUUAUUGGUUCACAAAACUAAAUAAAUAAAUUAAUACAUUUUUAUUUGGGUUAACUAUAUUUUGUGAUUCUUAUCCAUAUUCAUAUCUAAAACACCUUUAGUUGAGAACGGUUGUCCAAAGGCAUUGUAUGAUUGUCAUUAGUGCUCCACUUCCAUGGACAUUCUUCACGAUUUGGACAUUUACAUAAACGUUCAACUUGUUUUGGAAACCAAAAUCUAAGAUGUACAAUAUUGCAUACAGUAUACUGUUCACAGAUACCUAAAUCUCUCUCACUUUUUGCCUUUAAAAAAAAAUAAAAGAAGCAUAUUGUUAUUUUUUAAUUGAAAUUAACUGUAUAUACUAUAAAAAAUAUAAAAUUAGUUUACUUCUCCUGGAUAUAUAAACACAGCGUUGUCAGUUUUACUAGAUGUUACUGCUGUAAAUGAAUCUAUAUUUACAGCAAAUAUGCAGUGCACAUUGACUACACUUAUCAAAGUAUAAUAUACAAUACAAUUUAUCCACAUUAUCAUUUUCCAAAAUAGACUGUACUUUUUUAAAAUUAAUUUACCCUGAAAACAAUUGUGAUUAUUUGAUUUUGUAAUAGUUGAAUAUAUAUAGAUGAUUGCUUCUAAUUAUGUUUAGGCAAUCAAGACUACGAAAACUCUUCAAAAACAAGAUACCAAAGAUAAAUUGGCUAAAGCAUUAGAGUUAGAAACACAUAUUUUAGUACAACAAUGGACUGGCGACGAAUGUCAACAAAAUUUACAAAAAUACUUGAAAAAUACGGCUGACAACAUAAACACUUAACUACAUAUGUAUUUUUAUUUAGUAUUGAGUGUUCAUCAUGUAGUUUAAAAAAAAUAUUAUCUGUAUAAGGAAAAUAUAAUAAUAAUAUUAUUAUAGAUGAUGACCCACCACUAAAAAUAAUACUUGAUAGUAAAAUCAUACUUCUUGGAUCAAAAAAAAACAGUUGUUAAAAUUAUAGAGCAUAAAUUUAUAUUUUAAAAUAUAUUCUAUAUUAUUUAAAUUAUAUAGGAUUUUAAGUAAUUUUUAUAUUAUUUCUGGUAAGUAAUGAGUUUUUUUUAAAUUAUAACUAAAGAAUUGACUUUUAACAUAACAACAAUUAGUUAUUCAAUCAAUAAAGGGUCAUUUAAAAUAUUAAAGUUUAUUAUCACAUACAUUAUAAGUCUAGCUUUUUACUAAUAUUAGUAUUGUUAUUGGUAUUUUUUUUUAGCAAGCACUGACAAAUUUUUGUGGUCCCAUACAUACAUAUUUUUUAUAUUAUAAUUUACAAAAUUUUAAUUUUGGUACUCAUAUAUUAUUUAGGUGUGUUUAUUUAAAGUUUAAGUUUUAACUACUUUAGCAUAUAAUUUAUGUAAUUUUCCACACAUUUAUUUAUUGUUGUUAUCUGUUCUAUAAUACUAUAAUUUUUUAGAUUAUUAGUAUAAAUGUUUGAUGAAAAUUAACAGAAUAAAUAUUAAUAUUUGUAUAGAUUUACAUUAUUUAUUUGCUUUCAAAUCUCAUUAUAUUUUCAGAAUUCUAAAUUAUAUAAUGUUAUGGAAAACUAUGAGAUAUGCAAUUAAUGUUAAAAAUUUACUUUAACUACUGUUGAUUUUGUACCUUCUUAGUUGUAUGUUUAUUUAUGGACUGCACUGGACUAAUUUUUUUUUUAUAUAGAUUAUAUAAUAAUAACAUAGAAAAUUAAAUUGGAAUUGUUAUAUUAUGUUUAUUAGUUUUAUGAUAAUGAAUAUUCAAAACAUAUAAUUAAUUUAGUAUCAUUAUAAUAUAAUAGUCAUAUUGACUUAAUAGUACCUAAAAUAUACUAUAAAAUUGGUUAAUUUAAUUGAUUUAAAAAACCUUAUUUUUUUUUUUAAAAUAACAAUAAAAUGUAUAAUUGCAUUUUUGAGACUAAUAUAAACAUAUUUGAAUGAUUUUUCUUUUUUAAUUAGAUUUAUUUCAUUUUUAGUAUAAUAUAAAUAUUAAAUCAUUAAAAUAAAAAUGGGUCGGAUUUAUGUUUAGUAUAUUAUAGAAUUUAUAAUUUUGUUAAAAUAUAAAAAAAAAUGUGUUAUAAAUAAUAUUUUAAAAAUAUUUAAAUGCAUGAGUAAUUUAUAAGUUAAAUAGAAAUUAACAUAUUUAUGUCUUGGAAAAUAAAAAGUAUAUUAUGAUGCAUGUCAGUAAAUUUUAAACCAGUUAAAAAAUAUUUGUUUUUUUUUUUCAUUUUUAAUCAAUUGAACAAUUCUAACUUAUAAAUCAUAAAAUAAAUAAAUAUAUAAAAUAUGUUUUUACUUUUUUUUUUAUAUAACUUACAAUUUUUAUUAAAGGAUAGUUAUAUGAAGAAAUGAUAAUAUGAUUGUUUUCAAUUUAAAAAUAUAUUUUUUUUUUUUUUUUAAUUUUAAGUUAAUUUAAGUCUCCGUGCCUAAUUUAAAGGCUCUUUAGCAUUUAAGCUUAAUUUUUAAAAGGGCUUAUAAGCAUAGUAAAUAAAUGUAAACAAUGUAUGUUGUUGAAAGAAAAUAAAUAUUAGUUAUUGAAAAUUUACUUUUUAUUAACCAAACUAGAUUUUUAGGUAUUUAUGUUCAAAUAAUUACUACUGUCUUGACAUAAUUGACUCUAAAAUAAGAUAUAUUUUUUACCAACUGCUGUCACUUAAAUAGUAAUUUGAUGAUAGAUAACUAAAUAAG